GGCUUGGGGCCGCCGGAAUUGCGUGGCCGCCGGGGCCAUGGCGGCGCUCGCCGUCCUGUGUCUGCUGGUCCAGGCAGCGUCCUGGCCGCUGGUCUUGGCCUCGGGCGAGGAGUUCUGGCCCGGCCAGUCGGCUGCGGACAUUCUUUCGGGAGUGGCGUCCCGCAGACGGUAUCUCCUGUACGAUGUCAACCCCCCAGAAGGCUUCAACCUCCGCAGAGAUGUCUAUAUCCGCGUGGCUUCCCUGCUAAAGACACUGCUGAAGACUGAGGAAUGGGUGCUCGUCCUGCCCCCAUGGGGCCGCCUCUAUCACUGGCAGAGUCCCGACAUCCACCAGAUCCGGAUUCCCUGGUCUGAGUUUUUUGAUCUUCCAAGUCUCAACAGGAACAUCCCCGUCAUCGAGUAUGAGCAGUUCAUUGCAGAGUCUGGUGGGCCCUUCAUCGACCACGUGUACGUCCUGCAGGGUUAUGCAGAAGGCUGGAAGGAAGGCACCUGGGAGGAGAAGGUGGACGCACGUCCCUGCAUUGACCCGCUGCUCUACUCCCAGGACAAGCAUGAGUACUACAGGGGCUGGUUCUGGGGCUACGAAGAAACCCGGGGCUUGAAUGUCUCCUGCCUCUCUGUCCAAGGUUCAGCAUCUGUUGUGGCCCCUCUGCUGCUGAAGAACACGUCAGCCCGGUCUGUGAUGUUAGACAGAGCUGAAAACCUGCUUCACGACCACUAUGGAGGAAAAGAAUACUGGGAUACCCGGCGGAGUAUGGUGUUUGCCAAGCAUCUGCGGGUGGCGGGAGACGAGUUCCGGAACAAGUUCCUCAACUCUAGUGAUGCUAUGGAUGGCGCCCCUACGGAGGAAGACUGGACAAAGCUGAAGGUCAAGCUGGGCUCCUCCCUCGGAGGCCCAUACCUUGCCGUCCACCUGCGAAGGAAGGACUUUAUCUGGGGACACAGGGAGGACGUGCCCAGCCUGGAGGGUGCCGCCAGGAAGAUCCGCAGCCUAAUGACGGUUCACCAGCUGCCCAUGGUGUUUGUGGCCACGGAUGCCAUCAGGAAGGAACAGGAAGAGCUGAAGAGGCUGCUGCCUGACAUGGUGAGGUUUGAACCCACCUGGGAGGAGCUGGAACUGUACAAGGAUGGGGGCAUCGCCAUCAUCGAUCAGUGGAUUUGCGCACACGCCAGGUUUUUCAUUGGCACAUCAGUCUCCACGUUUUCCUUUCGGAUUCAUGAGGAAAGAGAAAUCUUGGGAUUUGAUCCCAAGACAACGUACAACCGGUUUUGCGGUGACCAGGAGAAAGCGUGUGAGCAGCCCACCCACUGGAAGAUCGCAUACUGAGGGUGUCUGUGCACCAGCUGCCAAGAACGUGCAGCAGAGGUAGUGCCAAUCCUGGGCGACAUGACCAGGUGGUGCCCCGGCCCAGGGCAUCCUUCAGCUGUGGCCACAUGUCACCUGUAUGCUGACCAAAAUGCAGGAGCUUCUCAGCUAUUGCUGGGCACAAUAAGGAUGAUGUGACAGUGGCCACCCUGUCACAGGUGGCUGCAGAGUUGAGGGAGGCCUCUAAGUGUGUGCCUCUGUUGUCUCCUGGGGUGACCUAGAAAGCGUGAGACUUGCCCACACUAUACUCACCAAGCACCAGGGAGAAUGAGGUGAUAGGCCUGUCACUCCCUCUGUCCACAUGGGAAAUAUGGUGUCCUCGACUCUCCUGGGGGACACUGGCCUUCCAGGCCCGCUGCUAACUGCCAAGAAGUGAGAAGUGACAGUCACACCAACCUCGGAGGCUACAUCGGAGAUAAGCUGCUUCACCAGUAGCUCUUUGUCCCACUUCACAGGACUCCUUUUCCAGUCUUCACUGCCACCAGUAGGGACACUUGUAGGCCACUGUAGGUAGAGUGGGCAGGGCCAGUGCAGUCUCAGGCCUGCAGUCCCCAUGCCCCUGCAGGACUUCACCAGUGCUGUCACACACCGCACAGCCACUCCCCAUGCCUUCUUCCCUUGUGCAGAGCUGGCAAAUCCUUGUGUCCCAUCCCCAGGCACCGGCAGAGCCUCCACAUGGUAUCACUCAGGUUGCCAGGUAGAGUGAUCACAUAUUUAUUCUUUUCCAUUUGUACAUUCAAAUAUUAAUAAAAUAAAUUUUGUAGAAAGC